CCGGGACCUGCUCAGCCGCUCCCCUGCCCGCAGGGGGCCUGGGGAGCCAGGGUGGCAGGGAGGACGGAAACUCUUCCUCCUCAUACUUGCAAUAUGCAUGGCUCUGGGUGCUGCACAAAUACCAGAACAAGGCAUAGAUGUUCUUCACCAGUUAGGUCUUGGGACAGAUGCACAACAUUCAUCUACAGUGACUACAGUGCCAUUAUCAUCUGCUCCAUUACCUCAGGGGGUUCGCCUAACAACAUCAGGAGUUCUUUUAACCAGUGAUGCCCACAUUGAAUCUCCCAUCACUCAAGUCAUACCAUCAAAUCUAGGGCAUCAGCUCACAAUACUGAUUGGGUUGCAUUCUUUCAGAGUCAAUAAUGCUUUUCUUUUCAGUAUUAGAAACAAAAAUAGACUAUGGUUUGGUAUACAGUUGCUACCAAGAAAGGUAGUGGUGUAUAUAGGGGGGAAGGCCUCAGUAUAUUUUGAUUACAGUGUUCAUGAUGAAAAAUGGCAUUCAUUUGCUAUUGACAUUAGAGACAAGACUGUCUCAUUGUUUGCUGAUUGCGGAAAGAAGUAUUACAGCAGGGAAACACUUUCUAAAGUGCAGGCAUUUGAUUUAGAUGGUUUGUUUACCUUGGGAAGGAUGAACUCUCAUUCUGUCAGUUUUGAAGGAGUAAUAUGUCAGUUGGAUAUUAUCCCUUCUGCACAAGCCUCUGCAAACUAUUGUAAAUAUGUGAAAAAACAAUGUCGUCAAGCUGAAACAUACCGAUCUCUGCCGGCAGUUCCCCACACAUCAGCUGAGGUCUACUUUCCAAGCAAACCAUCUGAUGAAAAAAGGGAGUCAGAACAUAUAUCAUCUUAUUUAAGAAAAAAAGCAUCACACCUUCCUGUUAACAAUACUGGAAUAGUCCAUACUCUACCAGAUCCCAAGAAGUCAACAAAUAUCUCUUCAACAGAACUUGCUAAAUCUGAACUCCUGCCCAUCGAAACUAGACCUAAAAUUAAUAUCCAAGAUAAUUUUAGUCUGCUAUUUCAUCAAAAAGACCUGGACAGAAAGAGGAAUGACACCAAAAAAAUGCCCAAAUUGCAUCCAAAUCUUUCAGACAAUGGCACAGAAAAUGCAGGCACAAACAAGGAGACCCCUCUGGUCUCUUCUGUAUAUCACAGUAAAAUGAAAAACACAGGAAAGGAUAACGAAGUGGAGCAGCAUUUAGAUGAACCUGUGGAAAUACAGCAAAUUUUAAACACAACUCUGUACAGGGAUAUUGUGGACUCAUCCUUGGAUAACCAGCUUAAUCCGUGGAGGGAAGAUGCAGUUGAUGCUGAUGAGUCUUAUAAUGCAGAAAAUAGUUAUGAUAUGGAUAUUGACAGUUAUGCUUAUGACUAUGACGAUCUUGAGAAACUGUUUGAAAUGGAAGAUGUGAGAGGCCCAAAAGGGGAAACUGGGCCUCCCGGUCUUCCAGGUCCUCCAGGUUUACCUGGGCCAUCAGGGAAGAGAGGUCCAAGGGGCGUUCCAGGUCCACAUGGUAAUCCAGGUUUGCCAGGGUUGCCUGGUCCAAAGGGCCCUAAAGGAGAUCCAGGAUUUUCCCCAGGACAAGCAAAACGUGGAGAAAAGGGUGACACGGGUCCAAUUGGUUUACUAGGUCCACCUGGUAACACAGGUGAGAAGGGUCCCAAAGGCUAUCCAGGACCACUGGGUCCACAGGGUGAGCAGGGAAUUCCAGGAAUGACUGGCAAUAAUGGAGCAGUUGGUUACCCUGGCAGGCAGGGUUUAGCCGGACCAGAAGGUAACCCAGGUCCUAAAGGUGUAAGAGGUUUCAUUGGAUCUCCAGGUGUAGCAGGACAGCCUGGACCUGAAGGAGAAAGGGGCAUUCCAGGGCUGCGUGGAAAAAGGGGUCCCAAAGGGAGACAGGGUUUUCCAGGUGAAUUUGGAAACAGAGGACCCCCUGGUCCAGAUGGGAGUCCUGGAAUUGUUGGUGGUGUAGGACCUCCUGGAUUUCCAGGGCUGAGGGGUGGCAUGGGGCCUGCGGGAUCUGGUGGACCUUCUGGAAUUCCUGGGCCAAUGGGGCUCCCAGGAAGUAUGGGACAACCCGGAAUGAAAGGUGAUAAGGGUGAACAAGGCAUUGCAGGAGAUCUGGGAGACCAGGGGUAUCCAGGAGACAAGGGUGCUGUUGGUUUGCCAGGACCACCGGGGAUCCGAGGAAAGCCUGGACAACUUGGGAAAACUGGAGAACCUGGACCUCAGGGCCCAUCGGGUCCUCCUGGGCCUGAGGGUUUUCCAGGAGACAUUGGUGUACCUGGACUAAAUGGUCCUGAAGGUCCCAAGGGACUUCUAGGUGACCGAGGGCCUCCAGGACCACCUGGACCCAAAGGAGUUGAGGGAGAAGAAGGGCCAGUUGGACCUAUUGGAGGAGCUGGACCAAGAGGAAGGUCAGGUCAGAAAGGAUAUGCGGGGGAAGCAGGACCAGAAGGCUUGAAGGGAGAACAAGGGGAUCAAGGAAGCCUUGGAAAAACUGGUGAAGCCGGAUCUGUGGGUUUACCUGGAGAAACUGGACCAGCUGGAAAUCCUGGUGAAAAGGGGGAGCGGGGCAGCCCAGGACCAGUGGGCCCUCCUGGAGAGAAAGGUGUCAUGGGCUAUUCAGGACCUCCCGGUGGCCCUGGGCCUGUAGGGCCACAAGGACUACCUGGUCCUUCAGGCGCAAGAGGACCUCCUGGGCCACAGGGACCUAAAGGAAGAAGAGUAAGUAACAUAUUGUUGUUAUAUCUAAAGUAGUGGUCAGUAUAUGAAUCUGAUUUCUGAAGCCCCUGCAUUGUUUCUUAU